UUGACGGCCGUUUGUAUAGUGAGAUUGUUGCGAGUCAACAACGGAGCAGACUUGUGUGUUCGCGGGAAGUUUUCACCUCUGCUGCAGGUAAAGCUACAGAAGAGAUGCUUUUUGUGUGCUUUUGUGAAUCUCAAAACAUCGAGGAUGUUAAACCGACAGCAGCAUCUAAACUAUCCCCCUGUCGUCUCAUCGUCAACUCUACUCCACCUACAUCAGCCUACGGCGGCGACCCCGCACCACUGACGUCAUGUUCCACGCGGGCGGGCACAAAUGCGUCAACACCCGGGGGCGGGCCAGCGGUAUCAGCCGGCACUACCCCAACUUUCUCAACCACCCCGACUGGAAGGCGCCCCUGCGCUGUGGCAUCCUCUUCAUCACCGUCAGCUGCAUCCUCUUCGUCAUCGGCGUCAUCCUCACCUGGCUAGGUACACGUAAAAGAGUGCACGAUGUGUUUGGGGAGAGCGUCCCCAUCACAGGACCCAUCCUGUUGGCUGUAGGGGUCCUGAUGCUGUUGCUGGCGGUCCGGCAGUUUUAUCUGGCACAGAUUAGGAAGAAGGCACACAAGAAGGUCUUGGCGGGGAAAGGACCAGGGCAUGCUGUGAUCACGGCAAUCACGGAGCAGGACGAAGAGCAGGACUUGUCAGAGGACGCAGAUCUCAACCAAAAUAAAUAUCUGGACACAAUGGAUGACCAUGACCCCACGGGCAAACAGCCCGAGGGGUACUACGAUCACAACGGCGCCCCCAUGUCGUGCGCCGAGCCACUGCUCAGCGGGGGGUACGUCUGGCCCCCCGUGGCCAUCCAGUCCCCCUACUACUCCAUGGCCAUGAUGGUCUACAAAGACCCGGCCUUGACCUACGGACCUUUCAUCUCGGCGCCGGUUCCACUCGAAUCCUGCAGCGCCGGACCUGCCGUCGCCACCGGCAGCGACUCUGUGCCAGGGGAGGCUGGCGCCCUCUGCUGCGGCGCCCCCCACGGCGACACGGCCGUCCUAGAGACGACGUCCACCACGCUGCACCAACAAAGUCGCAGCACCUCCCCCUCCAGCCCCGCCCCCACUGCCGACUCGGACUGUCUGAGGAUUUUCCCUUCAGACUACCUAUCCUCCUACCAGCGCACCCCCGGGGGGUCUACCAGCCCGGGGAUCAGCAGCCUGCCCAACCCCACAGCGUUCAUGAUGAUCCGGACUCUAGAGGUUCAGGAGACGAUAUGAGACAUGACGUCAGGAUGUGACAUCAUUCCGUGUACGGCAUUAUGACGACAGCAUCUCCGCACGUCCAUAUUGGAUCAGAACAUUCCAUAGCAAGGCUCCCACAAGCUGGGAAUGUUCUAGCAAUUUGCUGCCCGUCGAAGACCGGAAGUCUUGAAGCUCGAUGCUGAGACAGCCAGUGAGAUAUGCACUUAGUCAGUGAGAUAUAUACAGAGAUAGUCACUGAGAAAGGUGUGCUCCUAUAAUCUGAUGAUACUGUACAGCGGUGAUUAUAGCAAGUGGUCACUGACAGAACAUGACCUGGGAUAUACACACGGCCGCUAAGGGGUUAAUGUUUGUAUACAAAAUUAAUGCGCGGUUUUCUGUGUCAGACAAUCGUCCAUUCAUUAUUGUCAAAAUUGUUACAUUUUUUAACUUGUCAUUUUUUUUUAAAAUAUGGCAAACUUGUUAAAAUAAGAAUUAUGUCUAAUUUGAAAGCUUUUCAAAGAAUGAAAAUUCUAACUAAAACAUAUCCACUUUGGGAUACUUGUCCAUUUAGUAACUUGUCAGACUUUGAAUACUUGCCAAGAUAGCGCUUGUUUUCUUAGGAGCACUUUUUAGUUUAGGAAUACAUUUUAAAGUAUGAAUACUAGUGUAAAAGGAAUACUUGUCUAAAAGGAAUAUUUGUCUAAAAGAAAUACUUGUGUAAAAGGAAUAUUUGUCUAAAAGGAAUAUUUGUCUAAAAGGAAUAUUUGUCUAAAAGAAAUACUUGUGUAAAAGGAAUAUUUGUCUAAAAGGAAUAUUUGUCUAAAAGGAAUAUUUGUCUAAAAGGAAUACUUGUCAGUCAGCUGAAGUUUUCACGGUAAUGAAUCGCUUUAAUGCCGCUCGUAUUAAGCCAAAACUAAGAAAGAAAAAGUUGGAAUAAGACAUUUCG